AUGCCUCUAUUGCUGGCCCUGCCCUGUUCCUCCCAGCACAGUGUCAUAGCCCUGGACUAUAUAAAGACGGUCUCAAUCCGAAAAGCAGCACCAUCCUUUCAACAACCUGUUGACAGCAAACCUACUGCAUCUAAGAGAAAGAAAAAAGAAGAGCAACUGACUGAAGCUAUGAUCUCCAAAUUACAGAAAACCUUUAGACCAGUGUUGGCUGUCAGAGAACUGCAUAAAUCUGCAUUGAAAGUCUUAAAGCGCCCGGCCCCUGAUGACACAGUCACAGCCAGCUUUGGGAAGUUCAUCAGUGAAGUAAAGCCCCAGCACCUGUCCUCUGUGGUGCUCCACCGCAGCAAAAGGAUGGUGCUGGACAGCAUUGGAGUUGGUGUGAUUGGCAGCACAACAGACGUGUUUGAGCUGGCCCUGCAGCACUGCCAGCACAUGUAUGCUCCUGAUGACAUCAGCUCUGUGUACGGACGCAGGGGCACCAGGCUCUCCCCGACACUGGCAGCUUUUGUCAAUGGAGUGGCUACUCACUCCAUGGACUUUGAUGAUACUUGGCACCCUGCCACUCAUCCCUCAGGAGCAGUCCUUCCUGCUGUGUUGGCACUCAGUGAAAUGAUGUCUGCUAACAGCAAACCCAGUGGCAUGGACUUCCUGCUGGCAUUCAACAUCGGCAUUGAGAUCCAAGGCAGAUUGAUGAGGUUCUCUAAUGAGGCGCACAACAUCCCCAAGAGGUUUCACCCUCCUAGUGUGGUGGGGACCAUGGGAAGUGCAGCCUUUGGCCCUGGCACUGUCUCCCCAGCUCAAGUCCAAGACAUCCUGCUCAGAGUCCCCAAAUCAAAGUACAUCAAUAGGCCUUUCCCUGAAUCGGAGCAUGAGGCACGCCACUCCUUCCAAUUCAAUGCUUGUAGCGCUCUCCUGGAUGGGGAGGUGACUGUGCAGUCUUUCACACCCGCUGCUUUAAGACGCCCUGACCUACUCGCUCUGCUGAGCCGUGUUCGCAUGGAGCAUCCCCAAGACAACCCAGCUAAUUUUAACAGUAUGUAUGGUGAAGUCCAGGUGUCACUGGUUGGGGGAGACAUUCUGAAGGGACACUGUGACACCUUCUACGGUCACUGGCGCAACCCGCUAACCAAUGAGAGCCUGAGGAAGAAGUUCAGAAACAACGCAGGGGCCGUCCUGCCCUCAGAGAAGGUUGAGAUGCUGAUUGACGUGGUGGAGGAGCUGGACAGACUUGGGGACUGCAGGGCCCUUCUCGCACUGCUGCAAUGAGAACUCAGACAUCCACAAUGAGAGCAGCACAGAAACCAUUGCAUAUAAAUACA